UGGCAUCAACUUCACUAACACUUCCUACAGUUCGAUAAUCGUAAUCGACAACGUUGAUUUCUCUGAAAAUGCUAGCCCAAUUCGUGAGAAUCGCUGCAUCUCAGCCGUUGAUCUCCUACCCCACUCACACAGCACACCCCUUCUCUGUACUAAAGAACAAUCAAACCCCAUUUUCUCGUCACUUCGAUUUCCCCAGCAGAAAAAUCUUCCCGUCGUUUUUCGCCGCCGCCGCCUCAAAAAUGAAGGACAUCAGUGUUCUGAUGACGUGCCCGAUGAAUUCUUACCUCGAAAAAGAGCUUGACAAUCGGUUCAAGCUCUUGAAACUGUGGACCCACCCGAAGAGACAGGACUUGUUGAAGCAGCACUCAGAGUCAAUCCGAGCAGUGGUGGGCAACGCCACUGCCGGAGCCGACGCCGAGAUGAUCGAGGCCUUGCCGAAAUUAGAAAUAAUUUCUAGUUUUAGUGUGGGAUUGGAUAAGAUUGAUUUGAUCAAAUGUAAGGAGAAGGGUAUUAGAGUGACAAAUACUCCCGAUGUUUUGACGGAGGAUGUGGCUGAUUUGGCGAUCGGAUUGAUGCUGUCAGUGUGCCGGAGAAUUUGCGAGUGUGAUAAAUAUGUGAGAAAGGGGCUGUGGAAACUUGGUGAUUUCAAAUUGACUACUAAGUUCAGUGGUAAAACAAUCGGAAUUAUUGGAUUGGGCAGAAUUGGCUUAGCAAUUGCUAAGAGAGCAGAAGCCUUUGGUUGCCCAAUCAGUUACCACUCAAGAUCAGAGAAACCAAACACAAAUUACAAGUACUAUGCGAGUGUCAUGGACUUGGCUUUGAACUGUGACAUCCUGGUCGUGGCUUGUGCACUAACACCUGAAACCCAUCAUAUUGUGAACCGUGAAGUAAUUGAUGCAUUGGGUCCAAAGGGAAUUCUCAUCAACGUUGGACGGGGCCCGCAUGUCGAUGAACCAGAAUUGGUAUUGGCUCUUAUGGAGGGUCGUUUGGGUGGUGCUGGACUCGAUGUGUUUGAGAAGGAACCCGAGGUGCCUCACCAGCUCUUUGACCUUGAUAAUGUAGUCUUGUUGCCGCAUGUGGGAAGUGGCACGAUAGAAACGCGCAAGGCCAUGGCUGACCUUGUCAUUGGGAACUUAGAAGCUCAUUUUACGAAAAAACCACUGUUAACACCUAUGGUUUGAUUUUGUCAUCAAACGGUGGGAUCUUUUUCUUGCUAUUAAUCAUCAUUUUAUUCCCCCCAGAACUUGGUAUAUUAGUUUGUCACAGGAUGUUUUGCUGUUAUUCUCUUCAUUUAUCCUAGAAUCCUCUCAUUUGAUGUGUAAAAUUUUUAUUCCUGAAGCUGAAGAUUGCAUUCAA